AUGAGUGGCAAUGACUCUGAUUCCUCUGAUGACGACUGGGUAAUCACUUCAACAGCAACCGAUUUACCAACCUCGGUGACAACAUCCCCUUCUCCUCCUUCGCAACCGCCACAGCAACGAACACUGCCACAAUCCACCCCGAAGAAACCAUUGCAACGACCCACCGUGUCACAGGCCACUGUCCGAACUAUCCGAGCCUCAUUGUCCAAAAACCAACUUGCUGGAGAUCCCCACAAGACACGAUCGGCUGCCGAGAUCAACUAUAUCAGUCAAGAGCAGUUAGAGUCGAUAUGCUCGUCCAUGGAUAGCCAUCUUCUUGUACGUCGAUUGGUCGAGACGUAUAAGAAUGCAGAGACCUUUUUACGGAUCAAAGAUAUCGAGACAGCCAAGAUGACGUUUGAUGCCAGGCUCAGUGAAACGCUUUACCUAUGUAGCGAUCCAGGAUGUUUCAUAUUGGAUUUCAUCCGGGCAUUGGAUUCCUACUUUUCUCAACGUCGAGAUCGUGAUUUGACACCCAAAUUUCGUCGAUACCUUGUCCAGGCAGCAUGCCAAGCUUAUCAAACGUUCCUGGAUACACCACCCAACGAGUAUAAGGUGCCCAACAAGAAUCACACCAAAGCAAAAGCGACAACGGUGACAUUGAAGCAACCAGAGGAAAUCGAUCUUAUUUCUUUUCCCGAUGAUGAUGAACCCAAUCUUAUUUCUUUCGAUGAUGACGAUAAUUCAACAUCACCACCACCACCACCGCUAUCACUCAACUCGAACAACGACUUGGAUGUGACCAUCACCGAGAUAUUGAGUUCCAAUGAUGAAGAGGAGGAUGAUUCGAGCAAUGAUGAGGAUGAGGAUGAUAUUGAAAAUGGCAUGGCCAAGGUGACCUUUGCUGAUCUUAUGGAUAUUCCAGCUGAGACAUUGGAUCGCUAUCGUUUGAAAUACGCGCAUCAAGAAUCAUGCAUUCAUCUUCUCGACGUGAUCUCAUCACCCAUUCUUAUCUAUUAUGCGAUGGGCGUAUUCAAAUUACAUUCCUUGAUGGCGCAUGGCUGUGAUUAUGAGGAAGAGGGAGUACGAUUAUGCCGGAUGCUGAUGCAACACAAGCACUACAAUGAAGCAAUUUCAUGCAUACGUCGACUUGAUCUUUUUCAUGCAUUCCCAGUGGAGCAAAUGGCUGGAGACAUGAUAUCAAAUGGAAUGUCGAAUAUGAUGCCAGUCUAUGUCAGUGGUCAUGAAGCAUUGCAGCGGCAGUUACUUGAUUACAUCAAUAGACAGCUUCGUUACACAUUUGCGGGAUCACUAGGCAUUGUACCUGAAGAACAUCUCAAAGACCUGGAGAGUGAUCUACAAAGAGUGCCACCGUUACCUCGAUUGAAAGAGCGUCGAUUCCAAAAAGAUCUUACAAGUUGUUGUGGAAAGAUUAUGCAAGAAUUGAACGAGGAGCCGACAGCCUAUUAUUUUAUUUGGCUUUCACAGCGAUAUGCAUGUUUAAGAUGGAUCAUCAUGGAGAGGGCUGCUCAACAAUCAGCGGAGAACGACUAUUCAGUAUCCAGCAGCUCCAAUUACAACGGCCUCAUUGAUCUUGUCACAGCCGAUGACCCUGCACUUGCCAAACUUGCCAUCAAAGAGUUUGUUGAUAUUGGCGAUCCCGUGGCACCAACCUAUUUUGCAGGACGCUUGAAACAACAACAAUUCUUUGUUCAAUACUAUCAACGACCCUUACAAGAUCGUGCUGUAGGCAUAUUCAAAGGCGAGCAGCUCUCCCAACCUCGACCUAUUCCUUCACGACACGCGAUGACCAAUGACGAUCAGCUGUAUCAAUUACCGGCACAUGCUCGACCUGUCAUGGUAGACAAUCAACAAGACUUGUUAUAUAUGAAGGCAACGCUUGCUAAGACACGAGUUUGUGGUUUGGAUACUGAAUGGGUGCCCCAAUUUGCGAGACAAGAGAAGCUGCAAACGGCUGUCAUGCAGAUUGCUUCCGAUACGGGCUUUGUGUUUUUGGUGGAUCUUGCUACCUUAUUGCAACCGACCCACGUGGUGCUUUUACAAGACUUGGAUCUUAUUUUACGCAUGCUCUUUGAAGCCGAUCACAUUGUUAAACUAGGCAAGUAUAUGGGUGUUCCUUUUUCUUUUCAUAUGCUAAUGGAGUUUCAUAUAGCCUACGAUUUUGGAGGCGAUUUCAACUUGCUUGGUCAAUGCAUGCCUAGUGUGAAAAAGUGGUCGACCAAGCAUCUAGUGGAUUUCAAGAAUUUGCGCACUGCAGAUGACAAACCUAUCACUGGUGGUCUUUCUGGCACUGUAAAGCACUUUUUAGGUGUCAGCAUGAAUAAGAAGCAACAGCUAAGCAAUUGGGAACAACGGCCUUUGACUGUGGAUCAAGCUACCUAUGCUGGUAAGGAUGAUGAUAGUAGUAGUAAGGUGAUUGCCAGCGAUACUCAAAAAGACUUUUCUAUAUGA